AUGCGCCCACGGCCUGCGUCUUCUAUGCAGAAGACGUAUGAUGAGUGCUAUCUCUUGUGCUCCACUGCAGUCUACUUCGAAGGUCAGAACAACGAGGAAGAAGCAUUAAGAUCCUGGCGAUCUGCCCUCGAGACUAUUUACCAUCACAAUGCCCGCCGGGUCUCGUCCACCUAUACUCCAAAAUCCGAAACCGAGAAGGCCCUGCAGGAUUCCAUCCGUGCGUUGGAGAUUCAAUGCCGCGAGCGAGUCGAUCUUCUAGCAGCACUGCGCGAGAGCCGAAAAGAGUCAGACGCCAACGGCUCUAAAGAAGGCCCUACGACGCUGACCAAGGGCAAAUUCCCUACAUUCACAUCGAGUCCUUCCUCCAACCCUCCUGGCUGGAUCGGAGACGGCACAAUCCCCGCUGUCGGCUACACAGAUCUCUCCAAGCCGGCUGCUAUACCAGGCCGACCACAUCCUCCCCCGAUGGCGCGACGAGAUACCGAUCCUCCUGCGGUAUACGACGACCCUGCACUUUCGGGUCCGUCACUUAGCGCCACACCUGCACGGCGCGUGGAAUCCAACUCUUCGGGCAAAACGAAAUCCCGCGGCUCCAGUCCUGAGCGACGGAAAGGAAUGCUGACGACAUUACGCAACGUCGACGGAAAGAAGAAUGGCAAGAAAAGCAAGAUCGGGUCCAAGAAGGAGUCGCGGCCGGCCGCCUCCACAGCUGCUGGUCUGGCAUGGGGCAACCUCUACCGGUCUUCGUCAGCAAGCGACCGAAUGGUGAGCGAUGCGGCGCUGGCUUCGUCCCGGUCAACCGCUGUCCACGACCCUGGUAUGCGGCGUGAUCCAGAGCCAAAAUCGAGUUCUAGCGAAGAGCCUGCUUCGGUACGAAGGUCUCCACAGAAGAGCCUGUCAUCGGAUCGAAUUCCUGCUGCAAAUUGGCGAGAGCCUAGUCGUUCUUCUCCAGCUCGUUCAUCCCCUCGCCCUGUGGCCCAGGCACCGGUUCUGCGACCUCAGCCUUCGCCUGAUAACCGCCGGGCUCCCCCGCCUGUCCCAGUGCACAUGCCAGACCCUAAGGAUUACACGUCCAGUUAUCCACGCAGGCCAUCGGUCAAGCCUAAACCUGCGGGCUUACGAACCUCCCUUCCGCCUCCACCGCGUGUGACACUGGCCAAGUCCGAAGGCAGCUCUCGACCGACAACACCGCGGCAGGAUCGCGAGUCAAAUGUAUCGAGCAGUAAGCCGCGGACCAAGUCUGCUCCACGCACUACGAAGCCCGCGCCAUCAUCCUAUAUCUCACCAUCAUCCGGGAGUGAUGACAUUCAGCGCGGAGUUGACCGGUUGUCCGUUUCUGCCGCAAACGGCGGCGCUGUGCGGCGCAAAGCAGCUCCACCAAAACGUCGUGAAACACCGCCAUCAAGUGAUCAAGAUUCCUCGGGGCAGCGGUCGGACAGCGAAGCCGAGGAUGAGCAUGAAGAGGAAGACAACCGAGAUAUCGUCAACAUCUUGAACAAACUUCCCAAGGGCGUGGACCUACAAUCAGCACGACAAAUUUUGAAUGAUAUUGUCGUGCGCGGUGAUGAAGUCCACUGGGACGACAUCGCUGGGUUAGAUGGAGCUAAGAAGGCUCUCAAGGAAGCAGUGGUGUACCCAUUCCUUCGACCCGAUCUUUUCUCAGGCCUCCGGGAACCAGCACGAGGAAUGUUACUCUUUGGGCCACCCGGCACAGGUAAAACCAUGCUUGCGCGGGCAGUUGCCACGGAAUCCAAGUCCACUUUCUUCUCCGUCUCCGCCUCCAGCCUAACCUCAAAAUGGCACGGCGAGAGUGAGAAGCUUGUGCGUGCCCUUUUCGGACUUGCCAAAGUACUCGCCCCAUCCAUUAUCUUCAUCGACGAAAUCGACUCUCUUCUCUCUGCACGUUCUUCUGGCUCCGAGCACGAAGCCUCGCGUCGUGGUCUGAUCUCCAACGCGCUGCCGCUGGCCGAGAACCCUCGGCUGAGAGAAAAAAAGGAAGGCGAUGCGGGUCGGGUUCUCGUGUUGGCAGCUACGAACAUGCCCUGGGAUAUUGACGAGGCUGCGCGCCGCCGGUUUGUUCGGAGACAGUACAUUCCCCUGCCGGAGCACCAUGUGCGUGAGCAGCAGAUACGCAAGCUUCUCGGGCAUCAGCAUCAGACGCUAAGUGAUGCGGACAUCCAGGUCCUGGUCCAUGUCACAGAAGGCUUCUCCGGCUCAGACAUAACCGCACUAGCUAAAGAUGCUGCGAUGGGUCCACUCCGCAAUCUCGGCGAAGCACUCCUCCAUACCCCAAUGGACCAGAUCCGGCCUAUCAACUUCGAAGACUUUGAAGCAAGUCUUUACUCUAUCCGGCCCAGCGUGUCACAGGACGGGCUACGCAAGUAUGAAGAAUGGGCUAAGGAGUUCGGUGAAAGGGGUGGCUAG